AUGGUCGCCUGGUUCUGUCGUGUUGUGCUUGACCUCGUCCAUUCCCAUACGCUGCCACAUGAGAGCCGUGCAGUGACCGAGAGGGGGGUGAUCUUCGUAUCUGGCCUGUACUCUGCAGCCAUUGACCAAUGGAGGAAGCGCGUGCGCGAACCAUUUGCGAGGAACCAGCCUCUGAUGGCUGCGCUUUCGGCACCUGCGCCGGCUCUGUCCAACAGCAGGGCCGAUCUGGCGACGUGGGAGCAUCUUGUCGGGUCGCCCUAA